AUGAUGCUGUCCGUCCUUUUUUGGAUGGCAUCGGUGCUGUUCGCCUAUUUUGUUCUGAAACGACUCUUUCUCGAGCAGUUAUACAUCGACUAUGUCGGCAAGUUCGUGUUCAUCACCGGUUGCGAUAGCGGCUUUGGUCGACUGCUUGCCAUCAGACUACUGAAAAUGGGAGUGAAUGUGUUUGCCGGAUGCUACACUGAAGUGGUAAAUUUUCCGACAAUUGCUUUUCCUUUUUACUUCUUACCAUAUUUUCUUUUUUUUUUUUGA